ACUCCAUCGUGCGCCAAGCUCCUCCCCCCCUCCGCCUACUCCGGUCUCUCUACCACCAUCACAGGAAAAAACGCCACUGACGAUCAGCUGCAGGCACUAUUGGCAGGAGCAGCAGGAGCAGGGGGAGGAGGAGGAGGAGCAGGGGGCAGUACCGAGCGGUGGCUAAUCUGGGUGCCGAGGCACGGGCUGGGCAACGCCUUGCGUGGCUUCUCCUCAGCGCUGCUCUACGCUCUGCUCUCCGGCCGCCGCUUCCUGCGCUGGCACGGCGGCCCACACGGCCGGGUCCUGGACCGUCUGUGCGACGCCCUUGACUGCGCCUUGGACCAGCUCACCAUCGAUGCCCCCUCACUCCCCGUGCCCCUGCUCGAGUCCCACGAGCUGCUCCUGCACUCCCUCGCCGACCCCUCGCCCCUCCUGGCCGUCUGCACCGGGUCCUUCUUCGACACGUUCUGGCGCCGCGACAAGCGCGUGUACAAGUGCGUGCUGGAUGCGUUUGGGUGCUCGAGCAUCUGGUGCGUGCACUCCCGCACGCUCGCGCUCCUGCUCCCCCGCGGCCCGUCGGAGCGGCUGGAGGAAGAGCUGGAUAAGGGGCUCUGGUCGAUCCCCCCGCUGCUGAAAUGGGAGAUGGAGAAGGUGGCGCCAGGGCAGGCAGUGCGGCUGCAGUUUGAUCUGGCCCUGCACGUGCGAGGGCGGCCCAGCAAGGUGGAGCGUGUGUGUGUGAACGGCGACCUGUCCUGUCUGCAGGAGCAGCAGCAGGUGCAGCAGGAGGAGCAGGGGCAGCUAGUGAGCAACCUGCUCCGCCCCUCCCGCUGGCACUGCAUCGUGCGCCUCGCUCAGUUUCUAAGAAUCAAGAAGGCAGCUGCUCUACUCGCUGCUGCUGGUGCUGCUGCUGGUGCUGGUGAUGGUGCUGGUGGUGCUGCUGCUACAGCCGCAGCAGGAGAAACGGGGUCAACAGCGGCAGCAGGUGCCAGUGCUGGCAGCAGCAUGAGCCCUGCUGCACCACCCUCUCUCUCUGCUCCCACUCAUUCAGCCGCAGCCUCCGCCCCAUCCCCCUUUGCCCCCCAUCCUGAGUCUCCUCCUCUCUCCGCCUCCGGUGCCCCAUCGCCUGGCAGCCUCCCCAACAUUAACCCCAGCAGCAGCAGCAGCAGCAGCAGUGCAGGGAGGCGAAGGCGCCUGGAGGAGCAGUGGACAGUAGAAGAGUCAAUGAGAAUAGCCACCAUCACCCCCCCUCCCAACUCUUCCCUAGGAACCCCCUCUCUCCCUCUCCCCCCUCUCACCAUUUUCAUUGCCACAGACACUGACGACGUCCGCCCCGCCAUAGUCAAAUUCCUGCGCCCAUUCGGCCGGGUCUAUUUCUCCAAUGCCCCCGCCAUCCACCUGUCCAAGUCCAGGACCCAGGGCAGCCACCUGAGCACGCUGGGGGAUUUCCUGAUGCUUAGUAAAGCGUCAGUGGUGGUGAGUUUCACGCGGUAUAUCAGCACCUUUGCCAUGUUUGCCGCCAUGCUGGGAAAUGGCACCCUGGUGGCAGAACCAGAGUCAGAGAGCCACUGCCGGUUUGUAGUGGAGCACCUGGCAGACUUGCCCUAGGAGCGUGUUCCUACGAGCCUCUUCCCAGGCAACCUCUUCCCAGACUCACGCGCGACCUUGAGAGCGUGUUCCCAUCCUAGGACCACUUUUAGGAGAACUCCCGUUUCAUAUUUGCGUUCCAUCCAGAGCCCUAGAUUGGU